CGCUUCGGUUCACUAGAGUUUGGUAACAUUAACCAGACUCGGGCCUUGCUCGGGAUCUCGUCGCCAACGAUCUCGAUUGGAGCUCUUGAUCGCCGGCAAUGGCGAGGCCGAGCUCCGGCCUCGCACGCCCUGAGAGGUUCUACGCUGCUGCGGCUUACGCUGGUUUCGGUGGCUUGCUGAGCUCUUCCUCCUCUUCCUCCGUAGCUCUAGUCUCCCGGUUUCAGGACGAUGUUGCACUUCUCCUCUAUGGGCUUUAUCAGCAGGCGAUGGUAGGGCCUUGUAAUGUUCCGAAGCCGAGAGUGUGGAAUCCCGUGGAGCACAGCAAAUGGACCAGUUGGAAUGAACUCGGAAACAUGGCUUCAACAGAAGCAAUGCGUCUUUUUGUGAAAAUUUUGGAGGAGGAAGAUCCUUCUUGGUAUUCCCGGGUACCUGACUCCAUGAUCGAGCCUGUUGUAGACGCUGAAAUACAUAAACCACAAUCAGGGGCAACCUCUUUUUCAGUGGUACCAAAUGGCAAUUCUUUUUUAGAGCCCAAGACUGUUACCCUUGAAAAUGGAAAUAUGGUCGAGACUCAGGAUAAAAACAUCAUAAUAGAGGGUGGGCUUGGUUCAGUUGAUGUAUAUGAUCAGUGGGUGGCACCUACUAUUUCUGGAAGUCGACCCAGGCCGCGAUAUGAGCAUGGAGCAGCUCUCCUGGAUGACAAAAUGUACAUUUUUGGUGGAAACCACAAUGGUCGUUACCUUAGAGAUAUUCAGGUGUUGGAUUUGAAAAGUUUGGCAUGGUCAAAAGUAGAAGCUAAUGCAGUGGCAGAAUCCCCAGAAGCUGCUGCUCUGUUCGUUCCAUGUGCUGGUCAUUCCUUGAUUUCUUGGGAAAAUAAAAUAUUAUCUAUUGCUGGGUAUACAAAAGAUCCUUUUGAGAUGGUGACAGUGAGGGCAUUUGAUCCCCAAACUUGUAUGUGGUCAAAUUUGAAGACAUACGGGAAACCACCGAUAUCACGUGGUGGUCAGUCAGUGACUCUUGUUGGGAAGACUUUAGUCAUGUUUGGUGGUCGAGAUGCAAAGAGAAAUCUCUUAAAUGAUCUGCACAUUCUUGAUUUGGAAACCAUGACUUGGGAUGAAUUUGAUGCUAUAGGCAUGCCUCCUUCCCCGAGGUCAGACCAUGUCGCUGCUUGCUAUGCUGAUCAAUACCUUUUGAUUUUUGGUGGUGGAUCUCAUACUACAUGCUUCAAUGAUCUGCAUGUACUUGACUUAAAACAUAUGGAAUGGUCGAAACCAAAGCAACAAGGUAUGAUUCCAGCUCCCCGAGCUGGCCAUGCUGGGAUCGCAGUUGGGGAAAAUUGGUUCAUUGUUGGUGGUGGUGACAACAAGAAUGGGGUAUCUGAAACUCUUGUUCUUAAUAUGCCCACCUUGUCAUGGUCUGUUGUUUCAACUAUUCAAGACCAUGUGCCGGUUGCUAGCGAGGGGCUGAGUUUGGUUUUAAGCUCGUAUAAUGGUGAAGAUGUUCUUGUGUCAUGUGGAGGAUAUAAUGGGCGCUAUAGCAAUGAGGUUUAUGUUCUCAAACCAAGCCAUAAAUCGAAUUUGCAAUCGAAGAUGAUGGAAGGAUCUGCAUCAGAUAAUAUCAUUGCUUUUCUUUCAACAACAAAUGCUAGUGGGUGUGUUGAACCUGAGUCUGAAGCUGCUCCUGAGGGGAAGAUAAGAGAAAUUAUGAUGAAUGGUGUUGAUUUAGAAUCUUUGAAUAUGAGAAGUGAGGAUGCAAGUUCACAACUUGUAGCUGCACUUAAGACCGAGAAGGAAGAAUUAGAAGCAUCAGUGGCUAGGCAGCAAACGCAAAAUGUCCAACUUCGGCAAGAAGUUUCUGAAGCUGAGAUGGGAAACAUUGAACUUACAAAGGAGCUUCAAUCGGUCCGUGGCCAGCUUGCAGCUGAACAGUCCAGAUGUUUCAAACUUGAGGUUGAUGUUGCGGAGUUACGGCAGAAACUUCAAACAAUGGAAAGUUUGCAAAAGGAAGUUGAGUUUCUUCAGCGGCAAAAGGCCACUUCUGAACAGGCAGCAUUGAGCGCAGGGCCGAGGCAGAGUUCCGGUGGAAGACUUUGGGGCUGGCUUGCUGGGGCUCCAGAAGAAAAAUCGGGUUCUCAAUGAUUCUCUCCAUGCUCUUUUGCACAAUCUAUAGUUUAUAUUUAAGGUUGUAAUUAAUGUUUCCAAAUCAAGUAUAAUUUUUUCCCAGCUACACCCCAUUCAGAGUUAUUAAGUGGGAAUUAAUUGAUUUGUUGAGGUAUUGUAAUGUUUCUGUUUCCUAUAAUUUUUUCUGGAAGAAUUAUACCAAAUGCUUGUAUGUUUUGUAAGACAUUUUUCUUGUAUCUUUGAUAAAGACUUUUGA